UCUAUCUAUGUGUAUAUAUAUAGCUCAGGUUGGGGAGAGAAUCUUAUAUGCAAUAAGAAGUACCAUUUCUUGCUGCCCUCCAAAGAUGACGCGCAAGAAGUUUCGUUGAAUUGCGGCGGUGCCCAUUUUGAUGAUCAUACAAUUACAAAAGGAAAGAUGAAUCCGGCAAAACUGCAGUGUUGCCACUCCCUGCACGGUGUCUUCCACUCUAACGGGUUCGGACAUUUGCUGUGCAUCAAUGGCGUUGAAGGAGGCUCAGAACUGGCCGGAUUUCAGAUCAUGGAUUUCUGGGACCGUCUCUGUACCGGAUUAAGAGCAAGGAAAGUGAGUUUGAAUGACGCUUCACGGAAGAGAGGAAUGGAGUUGAGGCUUCUUUAUGGAUUAGCAUAUGGUGAGCCGUGGUUUGGCCGUUGGGGAUACAAAUUCGGCCAUGGAAGCUUCGGGAUUACUCCUCCGAUGUACAAGAAGGCAAUGGAAGCUUUGCAGGGCAUUCCUCUCCUUCUCCUCACUCAAUAUUCUACCAGCUUCCCCUCCUGUCAUGAUAUCCCGAUGAUCUUGUCGAGAUACCAGUCCUUUUCCAACCGUGCUUUGGUGACUCUGGGAGACCUCUUUCGCUUCAUAUUGCAAUUUGAGUCUCGAAUGCCAAAAGGGAAUUUGAUCGACGUCUCCAACUCGGGAGGCCUAUCAGAUCACACUUCAUGUCGGUGGUCAUCGAAAAGGGUUGAGAUGGCGACCCGAGUGAUUGUUGAAGCUUUGAAGAGGGCGCAGUACCGGUGGAUCUCGCGGCAAGAAGUCCGAGAUGCUGCUCGUGCUUAUAUUGGUGACACGGGAUUGCUAGACUUUGUCCUCAAGUCACUCGGGAACCACAUUGUCGGUAAUUUCCUAGUUCGUCGAUGCCUGAAUCCCGUCACUAAAGUUCUGGAAUACUCUCUGGAGGACAUCUCCAAGCUGUUUCCCUGCCCAGAGUCAAAUGAGUAUGCUCGAUCGAACAUCACUAGGGAGCAGCUAAUGAAGGACGUGGCGUGUCUUUACAAGUUCAUCUUCAAACAGGCAGAAUCGGUACACAAACAAGAUAUCAAUAACACGAUUCCACUCAUAACACGGGUCAUUCUCGAUUUGAAAUACUUUAUCAAGGAAUAUAAUGGGGAUCUACCUUCUAAUAAAGUAGAUCAGGUUGGGAUAAUGGGAGGGAACGAGCUAAAAGUCUUCUGCACAAUUCUGUUGAGGGACAACGAUAUCAAGCCGUUCCAUAGGCAAAUCGGCAACCCGAUCAUCCCACCAUAUGAGUGUUUCAUGUUACAAGAACACACCACCAUUGAUGAGCUCAAGCUAAAAGUGGAGAGGACAUUCAGAGAGCUGUACUGGGGAAUGAGGAGCUUCAAUGCAGAAUCGAUACUAAAUCUCAAUGCCAAGGGAAUGGACUCGGUGUUUGGGCUAGUCGAGGUGGGAGGAACGCUCGUUGUCGAGGGGAGUAUAUACCCAAAGAUGGCAAAUCGCGAAGACAUAAAUGAAGGCGGAAUGGUUGGGAGAAGGGUGGUGGAUUGCAGCUGUGGAGCCAAACUUGAUGAUGGCGAGAGGAUGGUAGCAUGUGAUAUAUGCGAAGUUUGGCAACAUACAAGAUGUGUUCAAAUUCCAAACGAUGAACAAGUUCCCCCAAUAUUUCUUUGCAAGAGUUGCGAGCAGGAGAUUGUGCUCUCGCCUUCGUUACCUUAAGAAUCUACGUAUGUUCGUUCUCCUUUAGGUAAUUUGAUUCGUAUAUUUUAUCGUCGUUUUGGGUGAGGGUCGAGUAUCACUAUAACCGACUUUA